UGUUCUGUCUACAGAGUACAGAUCACAUCACACGCAUUUUUUACGUUCUUUGCUUGAUUAGUUGAAUGCACCAAUAUUAUUGAGUAAUUUAAACUCGUCAAGUAUCUAAAGCAUAGAAUAAUUACAAAUUUUGGCAAUGGACGAAUCUACAUUAUCAGAUUUACUGCCACUUUAUUAUACCAGAUUAUUUCCUUACGUUGACUAUUAUAGGUGGCUGAGCUACGGCGAAGUCAACACUUUUUCCCGUCGAGAGUUUUCAUUCACGCUUCAAGAUGACAUAUACAUACGUUAUCAAUCAUUCAAUAAUAUUGAAAGUCUGAAAAAUGAAGUCAAAAGACUGUGCCCUUACAAAAUUGAUAUUGGAGCUGUUUAUAAUGUUGCACCAUCAAACAAAAGAAGAGAAGCCAAAUUUGAACCUAUUCAGAGAGAAUUUGUUAUUGAUAUUGAUAUGACAGAUUAUGAUGAUGUCAGAACUUGUUGUACUGGAGCUGACGUUUGUAACAAAUGUUGGAAGUACAUGUCAUUGGCUCUUAAGAUAUUAGAUGCAGCUUUGAGAGAUGAUUUUGGCUUUGAACAUAUUUUGUGGGUAUUUUCUGGAAGAAGAGGUAUCCAUUGUUGGGUAUGCGAUAAACAAGCUCGUUUUCUGACUCCAAAUACAAGAAAAGCUGUAGCCAGUUAUUUACAAUUGGUGACAGGAGGAGAGUUUCAAAAGAAAAAGGUCAAGAUUGUCAAAAAAAUGCACCAUUCUGUAAAAAGAGCUGUUGAUAUUAUUGAAUCUGUAUUUACCAAGAUGUGUGUUGAAGAACAAGGUAUGUUAGAUUCGGAGGAAAGAGUGACAAAAUUUUUGGGUAUUAUUGGAGAAGAAGAUAUGCGAGCUGAAGCAAAAGCUGUUCUUGACAAACAUUCAACUGGUGUCAAAAAGUGGGAAGCCUUUGUUAACUUUUUCAAACAAGAAAUGCAAUCUGGAAAUAAAAAAUGGCGCAGGACACCAUUCUUGAUUCAAGAAAUAAUGCUUCAAUAUGCAUAUCCAAGAUUAGAUAUUAAUGUAUCAAAAGGAAUGAACCACUUGCUUAAAUCACCUUUUUGCGUGCAUCCCAAAACUGGCAAAGUUUGUAUACCUAUCAAUCCAAAAGUAGUAGAUCAAUUUGAUCCCAAAAGUGUUCCAACUAUAACAACACUUAUUGAUGAAGUCAAUGCUUUUGAUGCCAAAGAACUGAAAGAGCAAGGAGAAUCUAUUGAUAAUGUUAAAAGAAUAAAAGAUUACAAAAAGACAAGUCUGAAUAAACCAUUCCAUGCAUUCCAAGAAUUUUUGAGAGGAAUUGAAAAUUCUCAAAUGGGUGAGAGAAUAAAAAAGAGUGAUGUGACCAUGGAGUUUUAGAUGUAAAUAUUUCCAGUGUACAUAUAAUUAAGACCCACCUGAUGGUAUUGUAAAUGCUACAAACAGUUAAUUUUACGUUUUUUAAAAAUAGUGAUAGAAUUAACAAAAAUUUCU